AUGGUGGCUUUAGAGGAUAAGAAGGAGAGGGAGGCUGCUCUGAAUGAGGCUCAGGAGACCUUAUCCACUAUGGGCAGCAAGGUCUCCCGGGCGGAGGAGGACGCCCAAGUCGCUCGAAAGGCCUUGGAGAGGGCCAAAGAGGAAGACGUCUUGAAUGAGGAGGUGGCUACCAAGGCCGCACGUUAUAAUGGUGUGGCCACCGAGCUCGACAAGGAGAAGAGGCUCGUUGAGUCAGACCUCGUCGCCGUCCAGAAUGCUUACCACAGAAUAAAAGAGGAACAUCUGAAGAGCGAAAUCGCUCGAGGCGCCACGGAGGAGGCUGGGAAGAAGGCCCACGAUGAUCUCGAGGUAGAGCGAACCCGCUCUCGUGGCCUUUCUGACGACGUCGAUCGUCUGAAGAGAAUGCUGCGAGAGAAGGAGGAAGCCCUCUUACAGUCGGGUAAGAUGAUCGAGGACCUACGGGUCAAAAAUACCGAUCUGGCUUGUCCUUACAAGGAGAUCGAGAGGGCCAACACCGACUUAGUUGGUGAGAACACGGCUCUCGAGGAGAAGGUUCGCGUCCUUAAAGAUGAUCUUCUAGCCGCCCAAGCCGACGCCCAAUCCUCUAGGGCUCAGCUCGAGGGGGAGGUCGCUCUAACCAGUCGACUAAGGAUUGCGAUAAACGACCUCUCGACCUCCUAG